UCUUUUUUCUCUUUUUUCUUUUUCUUUCCUGCAUAGUUUGGUACAAGCAGCAGGAUUCUUUUUGGUUUUUUUUACACAAUUAAAACAGAAAAAGAACUCUUUAUUAAUUCAAUACCAAAGACAAACGAAAAAUGAAUCCUGCUAUCACCAAUUCAACUACUCCUUACGAGGAAAAGCACAUACCCAAUGCUUUUGACCCUACUUUGCUUGAAACCUAUACUUCGGAAUCGUCAAGUAGACGAGAUUUGGCUACCAGUCACAAGCUAUUCUCUAAGGAGACCUUCUUAAAUUACUUCCCCAAGUACAAAUUGAAGCGAUCAGGUGUUAUCUAUAUUGAUGAAAGGCCGCCUGUAUUCCAAUGUGCCCUGAUGGGUAUUCAGCAUGUUUUGGCUAUGUUUGGGUCCACUGUACUUGCUCCCCUUUUGAUGGGCUUUGACACCAAUACUGCUUUAUUUUUCUCUGGCGUUGGUACCAUCAUUUUCUAUAUCUUUACGGGUGGCAGAGUUCCGUCUUAUGUGGGGUCAUCCUUUGGUUUCAUUGGUGUGGUUGUUUCCGCUACAGGCUAUUCCUACACACCUGGUGCUGGUUUUAAUCCUCGUACCGAUGUGGCAGCGGGUGGUGUGCUGGUGUGCGGACUUGUCUACGGUGCCAUUGGUAUUAUUAUUUUUUUCGCAGGUCAUGCAUGGAUUGAAUAUGUGAUGCCUCCUGUCGUAACAGGCAGUGUUGUUAUGACGAUCGGUAUUCACUUGUCUACUUCUGCCUUUCAAAAUGCUACCCGAACCUCCUUUGACGGUUGGAUGGCGUUCACUACCAUUAUGUUGAUCGCCCUUGUCAGUAUUUACGCUCCUGGUAUGUUGAAACGUAUCCCUAUCUUAGUAGGCAUGGUCAUCGGGUAUUUGAUCUACUUCGGUGUUGGUUAUUCGGGUCAUGGUCCAGCCAUCGAUUACACUGAAGUGUACAAUGCCUCUUGGUUCGCUGCUCCCACUUUUGUCAAGCCUAAAUUCGAAGGUCAAGCUAUCAGUAUCAUUGUUCCUGUUUGUGUGGUGUUGUUGGCAGAGAAUUUGGGUCAUAUCAAGGCAGUAGGUGCAAUGGCGCAGCAACCUUUAGAUAAGUAUCUAGCAAGAGCAGUCUUGGGUGAUGCAGUCGCUUCGAUUGUUUCUGCCGCAGGAGGUGGACCUGGUACCACCACCUACUCUGAAAACAUUGGUGUGAUGGCUGUCACUCAAAUCUUCUCCACUCUGAUCUUCUUGGUGGCUGCCAUCAUUGCUAUCAUUUUGGGAUUUAUUCAAAAGUUUGGGGCAGCCAUACACACAAUUCCUCAAGGCGUUUUUGGUGGUUUGUCGAUCGUUUUGUUCGGUCUCAUUACUGUCUCUGGAGCAAGAAUUUGGGUUGAAAAUGAAGUAGAUUUCAAGGAUUCCAGAAACAUGCUGGUGGCAGGUAUUCCGGUCGUUAUAGGUGCUGCUAUGCAGAAUACUUUACAGUGGGGUAAUUUCCAAUUGGAUGGUAUUGGCUUGCCUACCUAUGUUGCUAUUUUGUUAUACCAGAUUUUACGUGGUUGGGGUAGCAUCAAAAAGCUCUUUGCUCGUAAGAAGAAGCAAGAUGCUUUAAGUAUUGAUUCCCAACGAAGUGCUACUUUUGUUUAAGCGUGUAUUUUCCCUUUUUCUUAUUGUAAAUCAUCAUUGUAAUAUUUAAUCUUUUUAACGUAAUUUUUCUGUAAUAAUACUAUUCUUUAUUCAGUAAUUUUUGUAAAUGUUUUACUUCAUCUUAAAAGGGCUCUCAUUAUCAUUGUUUGCUCCUUUUGUAUGGCAGGAAUGUAUUUUUUUUUUUUUUUUGUGCACA